AUGGUAGCCGUUAACGGGAGCGACGCGAGCGACGCGGCUCUUCUGUUCGUCCUGAAGUCGAUACUCUCAGAUCAAGACAAAUUGAUCGUAAUACAUGUCAGACCUACAGAUAAGGACCUCACAUCGCUCUACAGUGGCUUCGCGGAUCCAGCGGCGGAGAUCAAAUCCCACCACGCGUUCAUCCGCGACACAAUCAACGUCGCCGCAAAGACCAUACACUCUCUGGGUUUCCCCGCGGCGCGCGUCAAAGUGGAGGAGGGUGAUCCGAGGAAGGUUAUACCCAAGGUCGCCGAAGCAGAGAAAGCUGAUUUACUCGUUCUUGGAUCACAGGGGAAACGAACAUUACAUUAUAUGCUGGCGGGUGAUGUGGCAUCUCAUUGUGCGAAAAAGUGCAGUUGCGCGGUUAUCACGUACAAAUCAAUCAAUGGAGGGUCAGUGGCGUUUAGUAAACGAGCAGUGCAGGAGCAGAAGCGCCUAGGGAUCUCUCUUUCUCAGUUCACACGGGAGGCUGACGAUGCUGACAGUGAAGUAGCAAAUUGA